AUGAGCGCAUUUGUGCGAGUAACUGGUCGGCCCAACACAAACUUCCUCGUUGGAUACCCCGGGAUUUCUGCCACCUUGCCGCGCAUUGAAGGCACUGUCGAGUUGCGUCCUGGUGUCGGCAUAUCUAGCCCUGUGAACAUAUCUGUUGUUACCAUUGCCCUUCAGCGGCGAGAGAGCAUCCAUCCACAUGCAGACUCGGUAGCAAAGAAACACCUGGCUGCGCCCAGGAAAGAGUCGACCGAGACCGUGGGCAAGGAGAUGUUGUUGUUUCGAUGUCCGGCCAACAGAGAAUAUGAAGAGAUCAUGUACAUGGAUCUGCCAUUCGUGAUUUUUGUACCGUUUGGUCGAGGAGGACAAGAGACAGCCCGCAGAGUGCCGCCAGCCAGCCUACAAUUAUCACGGAGGACGGCGGAGACAUACUACGAGAUGGUGGUGACGGUGGGUUAUGGCUCUGGGGAUCGCAAGCAAUACGCCUUUCCAGUCCCGAUAUCUCGGUACGACACGUUAUCCACGUUUGGGAUGUACAAUCGACCCGAAUCUGCCGAACGAGUAUCAGACCAUUUAGUGACACUGGGCAUAUCUCUACCAAGGUGGUCAUACGGGCCCCUUGAUCCAGUCAGCGUCUACAUCAAGCUAUCCCCCAACCCGGAUUGGCUAAGCAAAGCACGGAAAGUGACUAUUCGGAAAAUCGAAAUUGGGAUCGACGAGGAGGUCAUAUACAAUCAUGAAGGAGACGAACCGCAGAGGAAAACCAAGAACCUGGUGCGCAAAACCGAAAACGUGGGUGUGAAAAUGCCAGAAGCUGGAUAUUUUACCAACCUUGGACUGGUAUUUCCUGCGAAUGAUCUCCGCGAUGCCGACGGAAUCAUGCCUCGUGGGAGGGCAGCAUUUCCGCAAUAUGCAGUGACAGGCUUUACGACAACGGCAGGUUUGUACAAGGUUGAAUACUACCUGACGAUCAAGGCCUCGAUGAAUGGUGCCAAGGAUAUCGUUCUGCGGCAGCCGAUCGUAGUCUGUCCGUACGACCACGCGAUGUGCAAGGCCGAAAUGGAGGCCAUCGAACAAGCCGCCAGAGAUGCUUCGCACGUCAAUGCGGACAAUCCAAUGCUGCCACUCGCCACGAUCGUGCGGGCAUCGGAUCCCAACGCCAUGAGCUGCAUCGGAGUAGCUCUGGUUGGGUCGGUGAAAAAGCCUUUGAUCGAAUGA